AUGCUGGAAGCCCUGUCCUUCGGGCUUGUCCUGGCGGGCGUCUAUUGUCUGCUCCUUUUGUUCAUCAUCACUGGAUGGACCAUGGUCUGGGACCAGUUCCUCAGCAAGUACGCUUUCCUGCAAGAGCUUUUCUGCAGCGACGUUGACUCGUCCAACGACAGUGGUGUUUCUCAUCAUACGAAGGUGUGCGAGGGCCUGGAUGAUGAUGCGGUCUUUGAUGACGUGUUCGAGUGGCCAGUGGGGCGACCCGUCGAGAACCAGGAAGUGCUCGAGGUGCAAGUCCUUCAACACAACAAGUAUUUCACAAACAGGGUCCUCGGCGUCUACGGCCUGGUUUUGCAGCAGCUCGUCGAAGAUGGACAUUUGGCCAUCUGCGAUUCCAUCGUAGACGAGAACAACAUGCCAGUGGCAGGGGCCCUGCUGCGUUUCGAGGUGAGCUACACGGCUCCGGAUGGCUCCGUGGGCGCCUGGCACGCUCCGGGUCUGCCCAGCAACGUGAGCAGCUUCGACGACGACCGCCAGGCCCUGCUGGACAUCGAGCAGAACAUCGCCAACCUGCAGCGCUCCUACGCCGCGACACAGGGCGGGGGUGGCGCGGCCGGCGCGUCCGGGACCCUAGAAGAAGGAGUGCGGAGCAAACAGGGAUCGGUGAUCAGCCUGUUCGGUCCGUCCACCAAGUCGCCGGAGCGUAAAAGGUCCCUCCCGGCAACCAUGAAGAGUCUGGCCAACAUGAUGCGUCUGGGCAAGCAGAGGUUCCUCUCGUCCGACGACGACGAGCGCCAAGCGCUGCGAGGCGCCGAGGCCUCCUACGAAUAUGGUUCGACAAUGUCUCUGAAUCGAAGACUGAGUGACCAGACGCUUUAUCUGCUCUCCGGAGGUGAUGCUGGUGAGGCAGGCGUGAUCACGGAGGAAUCACUAGCUAUUGACACGGCUCCUUACUCCAUCACUACGCCGGUGGUGAUUACCAAGCCGAAGCUACGCCAGGACAUCACAGCAACUUCAGCGCUCAAGGCUCAAGAUUUUCAGGUUUGUGUCACAAUUAUCGAAGGACGUCAUUUGGCUGGCCUGAAUAUGGAUCCUGUGAUUUGCGUCCAAGUGGGCGAUCAACGAAAGUACACAUCUGUCAAAGAAUCAACGAAUUGUCCUUACUACAACGAGUACUUCGUGUUCGAUUUUCAUAUGGCGCCAUCGAUGUUGUUCGACAAGAUUGUUACACUUACUGCGCUGCACAAUCGAAAUUUCAUACGUUCCGGAAAGGUGAUUGGAACCUUCAAGCUUGACGUGGGAACUGUGUUCAACCAAGCUGAACACCAGUUUUACCACAAGUGGGCGGUCCUGACUGAUCCUGACGACAUGACAGCGGGACCUAAGGGCUACAUCAAGUGUGACAUCUCGGUUGUGGGCAAAGGCGACACGAUCAAGCAAGCUCCCAAGAAGGAUUUUGAUGACGACGACAUCGAAGGGAACCUCCUCCUUCCGGACGGCGUUCCCGCCGAGCGUCAGCAUGCCCGGUUCAUCGUGCGGAUUUACCGGGCCGACGGAUUACCCCGUUUCAAUUCGGGAUUAGUGGCCAACGUGAAGAGGGCGUUCUCGGGGGAAACGAGGGAGCUCAUCGAUCCCUACGUCCAGGUGUCCUUCGCAGGCAUGACCGGACGGACGACCGUGAAGAAAACCUGCUGCUCUCCGGUCUGGAACGAGCAGCUCGUCUUCACCGAGAUGUUCCCGCCCCUGUGCCAGCGCAUCAAGAUCCAGCUUCGCGACAACGACGCGGUCAACGACACCGUGGUCGGCACCCACUUUAUCGAGAUGUCGAAGAUAGCCAACGAAGGCGACAAAGGAUUUCUGCCCACCUUUGGACCCUCUUUCGUGUACCUGUACGGCUCGACGCGUGAGAACUCGCUCUUUGAGGAGCACGCCCCUCUGAACGACGGCCUCGGAGAAGGAGUGAUGUACCGCGGUCGUCUUCUCAUCGCCGUGAGGACGGAAAUAUUUGACGUCCUGGACACGACCCAGUCCAGCGUCGAACUUGAAGCCACUCUGCCCGCCAAUGAGGUCUCGUACGCCAAGAACGAAGAGUUUCUUCUUUUCGGAGCCAUCCUGGAAGCGUCCAUGAUCGACCGAAAAGUUGGAGAGAAACCUAUUUAUUUUGAACUGAGCAUAGAUACAAACUAUAAAAUAAAAAAAAAAUAUCGGCAAAACGUGAGAUACUACUACCAUUUGCCAUACGGCGACAACAAGCCAUGCCUCUGGGUAAAGAGCGUUUGGCAAGACUACCGACGAAGACUGUGCAACUCCAACAUGAUCCUCAAAAUCAAGGAGAAGCUCGAAGCUGGCCUCGCCGAUAUUCAAGAAAUGGUGAGGCUGGAAAAACCACACACUGAUCGACGACUCAGGGGAGUGCUGGAGGAACUUGCGAACGGGUGCAACCGGUACCUUCAUCUCGCCAAGUGUCAGGGUCCGAUCGGAAAGACGAAGCUGGACAAGGAGCGUCUGAAGCAUUGCCAACGGGAAGUGGACCACAUUGGAACGAUGGCGAGGACCAUGAAGGCUCUGGUCACCAAAAACUCCUUCAAAGAAAAGCUUCGCACUACGAACGGCCUCCUACUGAAGUUGACCGACCUCAUUGAUGACCCUCAGCACUCAUUGCCGGACGUGUUUGUGUGGAUGAUCAGCGGAGGAAAAAGGGUGGCCUACCACCGAAUAGCUGCGAGGGACCUUAUAUUUUCCAUAGUUGAAGAAGAAAACGGAAAAUUCUGCGGGAAAGUGCAAACUCUUUUUCUGAAGUUACCGGGGAAGAAGACCAACCAGAGCGGACGCUGGACGGUGCAGGCCAAACUGCGAAUGCACCUCUGGCUAGGAGUGACCAAGCACAAACACUGCGCUCUCAGGGGUCUGCCCGAAGGCUACGAAAAGGAUGUUGAUGACAUUGACAAAGGACCGCCAUCGCAGCUUCAUUAUACAGAAAAGUCAGUGUUUCAGCUGAGGGCACACAUGUACCAGGCCCGAUCUCUGAUUGGUUCAGACUCUUCCGGUCUGUCUGACCCUUUCGCCAGGGUGGUUUUUGGAGACCAGAGUCAGACGACAAUGGUGAUCGACGAAACUCUGAGUCCCACGUGGGACGAGAUGCUACUGUUCCCUGAAGUUACCGUGUACGGCAAAAAGGAUGACAUCAAGGAAGACCCACCAGUCGUCGUCAUUGAAAUCUUUGACCAAGACAAAGUCGGGAAGUCGGAGUUCAUCGGUCGGACGAUAUCGAGACCUCACGUGAAGUUCGGUGACGACCUGUACGUGAAGCCGGCAUUCCCGCCUUGUCUGGAAUGGCAUGACCUCUACCGGGGAACUGAGCAAGCCGGUGAACUUCUAGCGACGUUUGAACUGCUCCAGUUUUCCCCUUUCGAAGAAAAAGAGGACAUGCCGGAUCUUCCUAUGCAGAAGGAGAGUGUUUACAGAUCGACGGACCGUGGGCCCGUCUACCCGGUCCCCAAAGGCAUCAGACCGACCCUCUCAAACUACAGAAUCGAGGUUCUUUUUUGGGGAUUGCGCGAACUGAAACGAGUCCACCUGAUGACUGUCGACCACCCCCGAGUGGACGUCGAAUGCGCCGGGCACGUCCUUCAGUCGUCUGUGAUCCUCAACUGCAAGAAGAACCCGAAUUUCUCGACACCGGUCAAGUUCCUGGACGUGGCGUUACCGGACCAGGAGACGUACUGUCCGCCCCUCACUAUACGGGUGAUGGACUGUCGCAGCUUCGGAAGAUUCACGUUGGUUGGUACCCACGUGGUCAACUCUCUCCACAAGUUUCUCUUCCGACCUUCGUCGAAGAAGGACCGAAGUGGAUCCCGAACCUCGUCGUCUCUGCACAUUGGUCUGUUCGCUCUGUAUCUGCAUUGUUUGCUUGGUGUGCUGGUGGACCUGGACAACGACACCAAUAUGUUGACAGGAAAGGAGACAAUCAUCACGCUAGACUACGGUCUUAAAAGCAAGAAAGAGUUAAAAAGUGAAGCAAACAAGCGGAAGAAAAAAAUGGCGCAGGACGAAUCCGCGCACGACGAAGAAAAUCGAGACUGGUGGAGUAGAUACUUCGCGUCUGUCGAGCACACACUAAAGGACUCCAAAGACUCAAAUGCCAACCAGGGAGGCCUUCGUGGCAUUGAGGAAAAUGGUGACCUCAUGUCGAAUGAUGACGACAGCCAACUGAGUGCCAAAGACGUCCGCAAAAUGGAGAAGGAGCUCGAGAGACUUGAGGCAAAUCACCUGAAAGAAGGCGGCGAGAAGAAGAGGAAGACGCUACGCGGAGCCACCAGCGCCGUUCGCUUUGCGCACAAACUUUCGCCGAAAUUGCAGCGUGUCAAAGCUGCGCAGGAGGGACUGAUUAAGAUCUAUUCUACGGAGUUGGAGAACGUGCCCGAGUUCAACGGUUUCCGCGAAUGGCUGCACACCUUCGAGCUUUAUCGGGGAAAGAGGAGCGGGGACGAUCUGGACGAUCAGAGUCGGGUCGUUGGACUCUUCAAGGGUUCCUUGCAAGUCUACAAGUUCCCACUACCGAAGGACAUCCAAGAGCACACGAUCACGGGAGCCGACCCUCAGUACGGCCUCUUUCAAGGACUCCCGAGCAAUGAUCCCAUUCAUGUCCUUAUCAGGGUUUAUGUUGUGAAGGCCACCGACCUGCAUCCGGCUGACAUGAACGGAAAGGCAGACCCUUACAUCGUAAUAAACCUCGGCAGCAAGCGCAACAGUGACAAGGAAAACUAUAUUUCGAAACAACUCAACCCCGUGUUUGGAAAGUGCUUUGAGAUGGAAGCCACGUUCCCCCAGGACUCGCUUCUGAACGUUCAAAUUUACGACUGGGAUCUCCUGGGCAGCGACGACCUGAUCGGGGAAACCAAGAUCGACCUGGAGAACCGCUUCUACAGCAGGCACAGGGCCACCUGCGGAAUACCCCAGAAGUAUGAGACGUAUGGUCCAAACCAAUGGCGGGAUCCUCUCAGGCCAAUACAAGUCCUGGCUAAACUGUGCCGAGAUACGAAGCUCGAUGGGCCACACUUCGCACCCAACAGGGUUCGCGUCGGCAACAAGACCUUCACUUUUCGGUCUGACAUGGAAGAAGAGGGUCACAAACUGAGCGACGAGCAUCAAAGCCUCGCUGUCCUCAACCGCUGGGAAGAGGUGCCCAAAGUCGGGUGUCCUCUCGUGCCCGAACACGUUGAAACUCGGGCCCUGUAUCACCCUGACAAGCCUGGUAUUGAACAGGGAAAAUUAGAGAUGUGGGUCGACAUGUUUCCAAUGGACAUGCCCCUCCCUGGCCCUCCAGUAGACAUAUCUCCCAGGAAGCCAAAGAGCUAUGAACUACGAGUAAUCAUCUGGAACACCGACGACGUUGUUCUUGAAGACGAUGCCUUUUUCACGGGUGAAAAAAUGAGCGAUAUUUAUGUGAAGGGUUGGCUCAAGGGUCAAGAAGACACCCAAUGCACCGAUAUACACUACAGGUCCCUGACUGGCGAAGGCAACUUCAACUGGCGUUUCCUGUUUCCUUUUGACUACCUGCCGGCCGAAGAGAAGAUUGUCAUCUCACGCAAGGAGUCCCUUUUUUCUUGGGACGAGACCGAGUGCAAGAUCCCAGCCCGACUAGAGCUGCAGGUCUGGGAUGCAGAUCAUUUUUCGGCGGACGACUUUCUGGGUGCCAUCACCUUGGACCUGAACCGCUUUCCUCGGGGAGCCAAGUCGUCCAAGCUAUGCAGUCUGGACAUGCUCAGGGCAGAGGCCAAUGUCCCAACCGUGUCCCUCUUCAAGCAGCGACGGGUCAAGGGCUGGUGGCCCUUCUUCGUCAAGAAAGAUAACGAUGAGAUGGAACUCACGGGCAAAGUGGAGGCGGAGCUCCACCUGCUGACAAGGGACGAAGCAGAAAGAAAUCCCGCUGGACUUGGACGAAGCGAACCCGAUCCUUUGGACAAGCCAAAUCGACCAGACUCGUCUUUCAUCUGGUUCCUGAACCCGCUCAAGUCAAUCCGCUACAUCGUGUGGCACCAGUACAAGUGGGCCAUCAUCAAGACGCUCAUCGCCAUUAUGCUCAUCCUCUUACUAUGCCUUUUCUUCUACUCCGUGCCGGGGUACACCGUUAAAAAGAUCCUCGGCGCUUGA